GUGAACCAAAGCGAGGUUUACUAAGCUUGGUGAGCUUCUUCCAAAUUUCAACAUGGCUGCGACGUUACCUAAUUUCCGCAACUUUUCUCAAAUACUCAGAGCUACUAAUAUUGUAAAAUACGUUUAUUUGUUAACGAGCAUAGCUUUUUUUCUAUGCAGUCAUUCACAAGGAGAUUCUAGAGAAUUUAAAUAUGUCACAUGUGGAAGCGUUUUAAAGUUAGUAAAUCCAAGGCACAAUGUUAGACUCCAUUCCCAUGAAGUAAAAUAUGGCUCUGGAAGCGGACAACAGUCCAUCACAGGAGUAGACAAUGCAGAUGAUGGAAACAGCUACUGGGUUGUGAGAGGGAAAAUGGAUGCUCCUUGCAAAAGAGGAACUCCUGUCAAGUGUGGUAGCACAGUAAGAUUACAACACUUGGCCACCAAACGCAAUCUUCACAGUCAUCACUUUCAGUCACCCAUAUCUCAUAACCAGGAAGUGAGUGCAUUUGGUGAAAAUGGAGAGGGAGAUGAUUUGGACCACUGGUCUGUUGUUUGUCCUACAAAGUUUUGGGAGCGGCAGGAUAAAAUUAGAUUCAAACAUUCAGCUACUAAAGUUUAUUUGCAGGUAACUGGGGACCAGUUUGGCCGGCCCAUCAGUGGUCAAAAGGAAAUCAGUGGUUAUAGUUAUCCUGAAACAGGAAAUGAAUGGAAGGCAACGGAGGGCAUUUAUGUCAAACCCACCAACUGAGUGCAGACCUGUUAGAUUCCAGACAUUGGACUGAGUUGUACAAUUGAACAGUUAUGGGACAAUGCCAUGGUACUAUUUUAUAAAGUUAUGGCAUGGACUGACAAGGAUUUUGAUAAAUAAUUGUUAGGAAAGUUUUGUGCAAGGAAUUAUUUGGUAUGGUUAUUAAAGAGCUACUAUGAUGAGA